AUGCCUGAAAGACUUGUGUGGUUGAUAACGGGAACGUCAUCAGGCAUCGGACGCGAGCUCGCAAUUGCCGCCUUAGCCAGAGGCGACCAAGUAAUCGCAACGGCGCGAGCUCGCUCUAUGGGUGCGCUAACCCACUUGAAAGAGAAAGGAGCGGCACUGCUUGAGCUGGACGUAACGGGCCCUCUGGACCUGCUUGAGCGGAUCGCAGCAGCUGCUGUCAAAAUUUACGGGAGGAUAGACGUACUCGUCAAUAAUGCUGGUGAAAAAUUUCACCCUCCGCCAGUGGACACCAUUGACAGUACAGCAGGAGCGGUGACCGCGUUUGGUGUGAUAGAAGAUCAGACACCGGAGGAUACAAUUGGACAAUUCAACACGAAUCUGCUUGGACCUCUUAACGUUACCCGGGCAUUUCUGCCCUAUAUGCGCGAAAGGAAAUCCGGCACUGUCGUGUGGAUCGGAAGCGUUGGCGCCUACACUCGCAUUAUCAAUUGCGGUCUAUACUGUGCUACAAAGGCGGCAAUGAUACGACUGUCUGAAGUGCUGAACGCCGAACUUCAGCCGUUCGGCGUCCGCUCGAUCUACUUUGAAUUCGGCUACUUCCGCACCGAGAUGACCCAGCCAGAGAGGCAGCCUCCUUUGAAUCAGAGGAUCCCCGCGUAUAAGGAGAUUGCAGAGAAAUGGGAUGCAGAGAUUCGAGCCGUGCAUGGCAAGCAGCCCGGAUGCCCGAAGAAAGGCGCACAAGUCGUGGUUGAUGUGAUUCGCGGAGAGGGCCCCGCGGCUGGGAGAGAUAUUCACAAUACAAUGGCUGUCGGCUCGGAUGUGUAUGGUGUCAUAGAAGAGGAGUGUGUUGCCACGCUGAAAAGGCUACAGGACUGGAAAGAAGUUACUCAGAGCACAGACGUAGAGGAUGCUGGGGAAGGAUUAUCGGCUUAG